GAAAACUUCCUUAUAUUAUUUUGGAACUGUGGCAGUGGCAGUGGCAGUGUUGACUUGGAAUUGACAACCCUAUUUUAUAUCUCUGUGUGGGUUGUGACUGCUAUAACCUUCAAUCUUCAAUCUUGGGUCAAGGGAAGUUGCUGAAAUUGUAAUCCAGGGAUUAGGAAGGUCCUCAGGAAAGCCAAAGAGUUAGCAUUUAGAAUGGGUAAAACAAUUGAGUUGUAUGGAUUCCCUUCUUUUGUGAAUGUAUCCGAUGUAAAGAUAUUUGUAGAGCGAUAUACUGGUGAAGGAACUGUCUAUGCUAUUAAGAUAAGACAAGCCAAAAGUCGGGUUCCAAGAGCAUUUGCUAUUAUUCAAUUCACCUCUGCUAAGUAUGCUGCAUCUAUGAUGUCUUUAGCUAAUAACAAUAUGCAAACAUUGCGGUAUGGCUCCUCCUACCUAAAGGCUCGGGAAAUGGAAAGAGAUAUUGUGCCAAAGCCAAGAACCUUUUUGCAUAGUUUGGCUGAUGUGAAACUGUAUUUUGGCUGUCAGAUAACGAAGGGAAAGUUCUCUGUUUUAUGGAAAAAGGUGGAUGUUAAUGUAAAUUUUGGGAUUGGAAUGAGAAAGUUGCAAUUCUUUUUAUCCCAUAACAAUGUGCAAUAUAAACUUGAGCUUUCGUACGAGAACAUUUGGAAGGUUGAGCUGCAUCGACCACGGGGUGAAACUGCAAAGUAUCUCUUGUUUCAGUUACUUGGUGCUCCCCGCAUUUUGAAGAAUGAUGUACCCAAUUCAGCAAAUGUAUAUGAAAAUCCUUUGCUCAACUUCUUUAAGGAUACCCCUGAUGAGCAAUGGAUCCGAGCAACAGAUUUCACACCUUUCAGUUGUAUUGGGCAGUCUUCUGCUUUAUGUCUGGAGCUUCCACAUGACCAACAUUUUCCAAAUUUCAGGGAAAAUUUUGCUUAUUAUGAGGAAAGUGAGAAGCAAUACACUUUAGAGACAGGAGUUCCUUUUUCUAGUAAUCAAGAUGUUGUCCCCAUUGUUGCUUCUCCACGAGGCAUUGAAAUACCAUAUGACAUCUUGUUUAAAGUUAAUUCAUUAGUUCAGCAUGGGUGUCUUGCUGGUCCUGCACUUGAUAAUAAGUUUUAUCUUUUGGUUGAUCCAUGUAAGGUGGACCUUGCAUGCAUUGAACAUGCUUUAGAAAAAAUUUAUUAUUCAAAGGAAUUCUGUUAUGAACCCUCAAAGUGGUUGAUUGAUCAGUACACAAGGUACCUGACAUCAAGGAAUCCUCCUCGGUCACCUACGAUAUCCUUGGAUACUGGGUUGGUAUAUGUUCGAAGGGCUCAGAUCACACCUUGCAAAGUAUACUUUUGCGGUCCAGAGAUUAAUGUCUCAAAUCGAGUUCUUCGCGAGUUCCAUAAAGACAUUGAUAAUUUUCUACGUGUUUCAUUUGUUGAUGAGGAGUUGGAGAAAAUGUAUUCAACAGAUUUAUCUCCACGUACAUCUGAGAACAGGAAAACUGAGAUAUACACAAGAGUGCUUUCUAUCCUUAGAAAUGGCAUAGUUAUUGGUGACAAGAAGUUUGAAUUUCUAGCAUUCUCAUCAAGUCAGUUGAGGGAAAGUUCCCUUUGGAUGUUUGCUCCUACAACAACUGGACGUACUGCUGCUUCCAUUCGGAAAUGGAUGGGAGAUUUUCGCAAGAUUAGAAAUGUGGCUAAAUAUGCUGCUAGGCUGGGACAAUCUUUUGGUUCAUCUACUGAAACUCUAAGUGUCCCCAGGGAUGAAAUUGAAAUUAUUCCUGAUGUGGAGGUUACACAUUAUGGAAACCACUAUGUCUUCUCUGAUGGAAUUGGGAAAAUAUCUCUUGAUUUUGCCAAGAGAGUGGCUAAAAAAUGUGGCCAUGACUACCCUCCAUCUACCUUUCAGAUUCGAUAUGGCGGGUACAAAGGAGUUGUUGCUAUUGAUCCCACAUCAUCAGUAAAGCUAUCAUUGAGGAAGAGCAUGCGCAAGUAUGACUCAGAUAACACAAAAUUGGAUGUUUUGGCAUGGAGUAAAUUUCAGCCUUGCUAUCUGAAUCGGCAGUUGAUUACUCUCUUAUCGACCCUUGGUGUCGCAGAUUAUGUUUUCGAGAAAAGACAAAAAGAAGCCGUUGAUCAACUGAACACCAUGUUAACAGAUUCAUUGAAGGCACAGGACGCCUUGGACUUAAUGUCUGCUGGGGAGAUAACUAAUGUUUUAAAGGAGAUGCUCAAUUGUGGCUACAAGCCUAAUGUUGAACCUUUUCUUUCAAUGAUGCUGCAAACAUUUAGGGCUUCAAAACUGUUGGAAUUGCGACUUAAAACUAGGAUCUUUAUUCCAAAUGGGAGAGCAAUGAUGGGAUGUCUAGAUGAAACUAGAACUCUAGAAUAUGGCCAAGUAUAUGUUGGAUUUUCUAACAACAGGGUCAGGGGUCUAUCCAAUGAUUAUAUAAUUACAGGUAAGGUGGUAGUGGCAAAAAACCCCUGCUUGCACCCAGGCGAUGUGCGUGUUUUAAAGGCUGUAGAUGUACCGGCUUUGCAUCACAUGGUGGAUUGUGUUGUUUUCCCUCAAAAGGGGUUCAGACCUCAUCCAAAUGAGUGCUCGGGAAGCGAUCUGGACGGAGAUAUCUAUUUUGUUUGUUGGGAUCCUGAAUUGAUUCCAUCUCGUCAAAUUCAACCAAUGGAUUAUACUGCCGCCCCAAGUAUGGAAUUGGAUCAUGAUGUGAUGAUUGAGGAGGUUGAGGAGUAUUUUACCAAUUACAUAGUCAAUGACAGUUUGGGAAUAAUUGCCAAUGCACACACAGCAUUUGCAGAUAGAGAACCUUCAAAAGCAAUGGCUGAACCAUGUGUAGAGCUUGCAAAGCUAUUUUCAACAGCAGUUGACUUUCCAAAAACUGGUGUCCCAGCUGUUAUACCUCCUCGUCUUUAUGUCAAAGAAUAUCCAGACUUCAUGGAGAAACCUGACAAACCCACCUAUGAAUCACGUAAUGUAAUAGGUAAGCUUUUUAGGGAAGUGAAAGAAAUUUCAUCAAGUGCCAACUAUAUUACUUCCUUCACUCUUGAAGUGGCUAGAAAGUCAUAUGACCGGGACAUGGAAGUUGAUGGCUUUAUGGAUCAUGUUGAUGAUGCUUUCUAUCACAAAAGCAAUUAUGACUACAAAUUGGGAAAUCUGAUGGAUUACUAUGGGAUUAAAACUGAAGCUGAAAUCCUUAGCGGGAAUAUUAUGAAAAUGUCAAAAUCUUUCAACAAAAGAAGGGAUGCUGAAUCAAUUAACAUGGCUGUAAGGUCCCUAAGGAAAGAGGCGAGGGCAUGGUUCAAUGAUAGCAAAGACUCAGAGAGUGAUGAUGCAUAUGCAAAAGCUUCUGCAUGGUACUAUGUUACUUAUCACCCAAGUUACUAUGAUUGCUACAAUGAAGGUAUGAAAAGGGACCAUUUUCUAAGUUUCCCAUGGUGUGUUUACCAUGUGCUUGUCCAAAUCAAGAAGGAGAAAGCUAGCAUUAGAAGGUCUUCCAACUUAUCCUCCUUGGAACAAAGUUUCAGUCGAGGGUUGCUUUUGAAUUGAGUACUCUAGACUUUACCCUCCCUGCUUUUUCAGCAGGAGUGCAGAAGCAGCUUCUGUCCAUAUUGAUUGACUUUGCAUGUACAUUUUAUAGUGAUGUUAUAUAAUAUAGUAGAGUGGAUAUAGAUGCUGUAUCAACCAUUUCCUUUGUAUCGUUUGUAAAUCUGACUUCGACGCUUCAGUGGUUUCCAUUAUGGUUUUUCU